AUCGCCUGUUGUUACUGAUUGUACGCCGGCAGCCUGUGCCCACAGCACCUCACUACCGCUGCCGGAUCGCCAAAAUGGCAAGCCGCAAGCGAACGCUGCUUAAAGUCAUCAUUCUAGGAGAUAGCGGCGUGGGCAAGACGUCGCUGAUGAACCAGUACGUGAACAAGAAGUUUAGCAGCCAGUACAAGGCCACCAUCGGGGCCGACUUCCUCACAAAGGAGGUACAGGUGGACGACCGGCUGGUCACCAUGCAGAUAUGGGACACUGCGGGGCAGGAGCGGUUCCAGAGCCUGGGGGUGGCCUUCUACCGCGGCGCCGACUGCUGCGUGCUGGUCUACGACGUCAACUCCUCCAAGACCUUUGACAACCUGGAGAACUGGCGGGACGAGUUCCUGAUCCAGGCCAGCCCCUCUGACCCGGACAACUUCCCCUUUGUGGUGCUGGGCAACAAGGUGGAUGUGGAGGGCGGCAAGGCGCGGCAGGUGUCAGAGAAGAAGGCCAAGCAGUGGUGCGGCGCCAAGGGCGGCAUCCCGCACUUUGACACCUCGGCCAAGGAGGACCUCAACGUGGACGACGCCUUCCAGACCAUCGCCCGCAACGCGCUGAAGAACGAGAGCGAGGAGGAGCUGUACAUCCCCGAGACGGUGGAUGUGAAUGCGCAGGCGGCGCCCCGCCGCGCGCAGUCGUCCUGCUGCUGAGCCGCCCGCCGGGUGCGACCGCCCCGCCGAGCGGCCCGGUAGCGCGCUGGCAUGAUGCGCCCCUCGCGGCACGGCCCUCCCGCUGCGAUGCGCCCAUCGCGGCACAGACCUCCCGCUUGUGGCGCGCAGCCGGGACUGAUGGAGCAGGUGUGACCGCAGCCUCGUGCACCGCUUCAGCUGUAUUCCUUCCUGUAGUGUACAGUAGCAUGCAUCAAAUGCCACGCACGUUGAUGUUUACGGUGUUUGGGAAUGCCUCUCUUCUGCAAACUUGAGCCAUUU